UUUUUUUUUUUUUUUUUUCGGUUCUCUGUCGCUGUAGUAGAUUCAUUUUGAACAGUUACAGCAUCCAUAAGUUAACAUGCUGUUCUGUCCCUCCUGUGCAAACAUUCUCCUUAUCGACCAGGACGGUGGUCAGGCCUUCAACUGUCAAACCUGCCCCUACACCUUCCAAAUUCGCGAUGUGCAUACUGCAAGAAAAGCACUAAAGCGUAAGGAAGUCGAUGAUGUUCUUGGAGGUGCAGCAGCAUGGGAAAACGUUGAUUCGACUGAAGUGGAAUGCGAAAAGUGUGGAAAUGGCCGAGCAUACUUCAUGCAGAUUCAAAUUCGAUCAGCGGACGAACCAAUGUCUAUAUUUUACAAAUGCACAAAUGAUAAGUGUCAAAAUCAAUGGAGAGAAGGUUAAAGCAUUGUCUCUCCCACUUAAUCUGUACCUUAGAAUUAUACCUUACCGAUCCAUUCAACCACCAAAAGUGUAUCAAUGCACAUUCAACUCGAAGGGUUUUUCAUUUUUGUCGAACAUCUUUCAUUGAUGUAGAAACAGCCCUGAUAUAGUUUGUAUUAUUCAUGAAUAUUGCGAUGUUUUAAAGUUUAAAUAGUAAAAGGAAGGAAGAAUGUUGCAGAAAUUACACAAUAU